AUGGUAUUUUAGAUGUGUAUUUCUCAAAAACUAUACAGUAAAAAUCCUUCAUAUUUUUAGGGGUUGUACUCCUUAAAGUACAAAGUAGGUCUGUGAAGGAAUGCUGUUGUACGAAAUUGAGAAUCUCAGCUAAAGUCAGUUAACUGGUGUCCUUUGUUGCACCUUUUAUGAUAAUUUAUAAGUGGAUUUCUUAAAACUAUACAGUAAAAAUGCUCCAUAUUUCCAUUAAAAAAAUGUGUUUAAAGAAUCAAGUAGGCCUAUGAAGGAUUUAUAAUGUAAUAAAUUGAUCAUUGGGAUUAAUUCACAGCCAAAACUAACCAAUUUUACAUCAGAGCUACAAAAUAUUUUGUGAUUGGAUUUCUAAAAAACAGAAAUGCACAGUAAAUUUCACAUAAUUAUCAUAUACUUUAAUAGAAUAUGCAUUCAUGAUGAGCAAUAAUAUCACAUUUCAAAAAGGUCUGCUGAGUCUUAAGGAUUUUCCAGGACAAGUUUUGUAUGAAACUCGCAGAAAAAAAAUCCAGUGACGGCUGAUUUGACCACGGAAAUGCGAACGGCGGCUCAUUUAACUGCAGAAAAGGUUUGCACGUUUUUAUUUUCAAAAGGCAUUUGCGAAGCUGUCGAAUGAAUGAAAUCUCUUCCCGACAGAAAUGUCUGGCGCUCCUUCAUCCAUCAUGGUCUUUAUACAGUCCUGCUCCUCUUAGAACAAACUUACAAAAUUAGAAAGUCCUGCGGUCUCCUAGAAUGAACUUAAAAAAGGUUCAUAUUUUCUUGCAAAACUGGCGAAUGAUUGAAACCUUUUACCAACCAAAAUGUCCGUCGGGCUCUUCAGCAAAAGAAUGCUUACAGCUUCCUGGUGGGCUCUUAAAACAUGCGACCAAGAAAAUAGUUUUUGACUAGCCACACGUGAUUCGAUUUUUUUUUUUAUUAAAUGGUUUGUAUAUGCACUUUUUUUUUUAACUCUUACUUUAUAUUUGUUAUAGAGCGUAAUUUUAAAUUAGUCUAAGCAUUUUGUUGGGAUUUCUUGAAGAGAGCACCACUUUUGCUAUCAUAAUAAUCUCUAAAUCCACAUAGUCAGCUACCCAUGCAUGUGAAGCGCAACAUCCACACCUUUCGGUAUCACAAACAUAACCUGCUGUUCAAGUAUCAAACAAAAGAUAGAAUCGCCUACCUGCAUGCAUUUCACAGGUGCAGGCAAACAUCUUCUGAUAAGCAACAAUGAAAGAAAAAUGUGCACUAACAAUGUAGAAGUCAUCAUGAGGUGGUUUGCUUAUGGAAUAAAAAGCCGAGGCAACCAAUUCUGGAGUUAUUGAUGUUUAAACUAAUUCAAGGUCUAAAUGAAUGCAGAUUUAUUUUUUUAAUUUACAUUACUGAUAUAUUACUGAUAUUUUGUUGUUUUUGUGUUAACAGUGACUGCUGUUUGUGAACCUUGAGUAAAUACUGAAUUCACGCUGAUUUUCAGCAGGAGUAAGUGUUUUUUGGGUUCCUCAGCCGCUUAAGCCAAAACAAAUUUUCUACAUGUGUGAAUACUAACUGUCCCAACUCUUUCAGAAACAAAAAUUGUACUUUGUCAUGUACCCGUAUUACAUAUCAUGUUUCUAUUAAUGCUUGCCCCCAGGUAGGUUGUGCUAUUUUACCCUGUUGGUGCAUACACUUAACACUACAGACAAAAAAAAAAGAAAGAAAUUGGAAACCUUGGGAUGCUUGAAUCCCAAGGUUUCCCAUGCUUGUAAUGUGACUGUGGUAAAAAUAAAAGAAGAAGGACAAACACAACUGACAGGUCUCAAAUUGACAGAAAAGCUUUGGUUGGUUAGGGUCACAUGUCCAAAAAAGUCGUGCGGUGGCAGUCCAGUGACAGGAUGUGCCUGUGUGUCCAAAAUGUACAGUAUUUUCCCUUUUUAAGCCAUUCCUUAAGGAAUUUGUUACAACUAAGCCUUUGUGGUUAAACAUAACAUUACAUGAUUUUUUAUGUCAGCAGUGUUCUGUUUUUUACCUGCAAUAAAAAUAUAAAAUAAUAAAUAAAAACCUAAAAUAAGAAAAAAAAAGUAUAAAGUAAGAAACUAAAACAUGAUGACUUUUGAUUUAAACAAUGCGGGCCAACAAGGAAGUCACUUCUUUGCCACUCCUAGACUUGAAUAAAAAUAGGGGACUAUUUCCAAGUUCGUGACAUCUGUGAAUGUUCUUUUUUUCACAUUUGAAAAGCGGGAAAAAAAAUAGAUAAAAACUUUUUAUUCAAAAAAAAUUCUAAGCCUUGUACUGCUGAUUUCAUGUUGCAUUCACUUGACUGUACUUGUUUUUUGCCUGACUGCUGAGGUAACAACAAAAAAUGUUUAGAACAAUAAAACCACACCCACGACAACAGGGAAACUCACUUGGUCAAUUACUGUCGACAUAAAUGAAGUUUUAUUUGACUUUGGCAUUAGUGAAAUACUAAGGUAUCUGUGCAGUCCGUGCAGUUUUUUUUCCCCUUUUUUCUUCUCAACAGACUUUUACUGGGUUUGUUUUCUCCUAAGACACUGUCAGGCUUGUUGUCGCCAUCAUGAGAGGGCGAAUUACCAUGGAGAAGAUUGGAGGGAUGUUUAGUGGUGCCAUGUUCCUCAUUCUUGGUUUUUUUUCAAUGCAUUCACGAUAUUUAUCAAAUAUGUCCUUUCUGGAGAGCCUACCAUCUUACAAUGAAGCAAUACUGGGGGUCACGGUCAAUUUAGAUGACACACUUAAUUUUGGGGCCAGACCUGAGGUUCAGACACGCACAUCAUGGAAUGCUCCAAUCAUCUGGGAAUUAAUGUUUGACCCCGAUCUCCAUGACAGACAUCAUCGAGAAGCCAAAACAACUGUGGCUCUAACUGUGUUUGCAGUGGGAAGGUACCUGGACGCCUACUUAGACACCUUUUUGACUUCAGCAGAAAAACACUUCAUGGUUGGAUUACCUGUAACCUUCUAUGUGUUUACUGAUCAACCAGAAAAAGUCCCAAACAUAACUUUAGCUCCCCAGCGACAUGUGAAAGUGAUCAAGGUGGAGAGGUACAGCAGAUGGCAGGACAUCUCAAUGAUGAGGAUGAAGAUAAUAUCAGAACUGAUUGAAAAAGAGCUCCGUCACAACUUUAACUACGUCUUCUGCCUCGAUGUGGAUCAGGAAUUUAAAGAGCGCUUCGGCUCUGAAGCUCUUGGGGAGUCUGUGGCUGUGCUGCACAUCUACUACUACAAACUUCCAAAGAAGUAUUACACCUAUGAUCGAAAUCCCAAAUCCAAAGCCUACAUGGAAAAAGGAGAUUACUAUUACCAUGCGGCCGUCUUUGGAGGUUCGUGUGAUAAGGUUAAAGCUUUGGCAGAUUAUUGCUAUCUGAACACAAUGGAAGAUAAAUUGAACAAUGUUGAAGCUUUGUGGCACGAUGAAAGUCAUCUGAACAAGUAUUUCUGGCUCAACAAACCCAGCAAAAUACUUUCUUCUGAGUAUUGCUUCGACCCACUGAUUCAUUACAAGACAGAAGUCAUCGUCCCUCGUUUGGUAUGGGCACCUAAACAGUAUUCAAAACUUCGCACUUAAAGCGUGUAUUUAAGGAAGUUCUAAGACAAAACACAUCUCAGACUGUGGGAGGACCUGGUGUGUAUUAAAUCUCAGGGCAGGAUAAGGAGGCAUGACUACCAUAUUUGCUGCACUAUAGGACGCAUUGCAAUGAUAUAUCGUAUGUAAGGCGCAUUGAACUAUCAGGUACAUUACGCAUAACCAAAAAGUCAGGUAUAAGUUUGUCAGUCAGACUUUACUAACUGCAUUCACAGUAAAUCUAGAACUUGCUUGCAAAACGCUACACAUUAGCCGCAUUAGCAUAUUCACAAUACUUUAAACUUCCAACCUUUUUUCCAAGACAUAAGAAAACGGACUGACACCGCUAAAACAAACAGGUUAUCUACCAACUUUGUUGCAUUUUUUUUAAAUAGACCAACACCACUACAUGUUAGCCAUGCUAACGUCUUUAUGAUAACACCCAAUCUUGGUUGCAACAUGUAAAGGAAGUGAUAUUUUGACAGAGUGCCGUGCACCUUUCAAAAUCGCUUCGACAACACAUUAAUCCAUAUAUAUAUGGCGCUCUGAUUUAUAAGGUCCACUUUAGUUUUU